UAUUCUGGGCCAAACAAUUUCCGAGUAGGGGGCAGCUCCAUUGCGCAUCCCCGGCGUUUAUUUGAGAUGUAGGGGUGUGUUCAGCCAGGGCCAAAUAGACAUCCCUUGUGAUGGGGGCUGGGGGCGCGGCUUGGCCCAUGUGUCCCUGGGUGUUGUUUGGCCUGGGAGCACUUACGUGGGUCCCGCAUCUCUGAACAGUUGUGGGAACCCAGGACUGAUAGUGAAUGUCAAAUUUUGUUUUUGAUGGGGCUGAAUAUGACCCAAUGGUGAUUGGGCGGAGGUGGGUGGAGGAGAGAGCAUCUCAGGUCCUGCUGUGUGUUGGCUUGUUGGGGGUGGGUGGAGGUGAGUUGAUGUGGGCAAAAUAUCCGUAAGGGGUGGUGGAGUGUCCUGGGUCUGGAGUUCCUGGGGUUUUUAGAAAAUGGAGAGGUUUGGGGCCUGAGGCAGACAUCCUGCAGUGAUGGUGCACUGCAUCGCUGGGGCCUGCAUCUAGGCAGUUUUUUGAGUGCAGGCAGAUCUGCUUCUGUGGGAUCUCUUGUCCCAGGGUUUGUCCUCAUCCCGGGGCCCACUCUGCUUUAUGACGAAGAUCCCAGAUUUGGUUGUAAUGUUCACCUUCUCACAUCCCUGCCUGCCCAGAGAGGACUGUAUAGAGAACGAGAGGACUUCUUGCAGGUCCUGGCUGCAUGGCAACAAGUUGGGCUUUUAUAAGUAAGUUUUGGAGGAAUCACACCAGGCAGCAGAAAUUGAUCUUGAGAUGAAAUAAUUUCUACCAGGCCUCCUGGCAGAAUUUCACGGUGAACACUGGGCUGACUCUGGGGCCAUGAUGUUGCCUGAUCCUUCUUCCUGGAGAGAGCAGGACUGGGAGGAGAUGUUGCCUUUGGAGAACGGGGAAGUUAUGGAAACUGUGAAGACACUGACUCAGUAUCAUAAGGCGAAAGGUUUGCCUUCUCACAAGACUGACUGGCUUCGAGAAAAGGAGGGAAAAGUCCAAAAUACUGCAGAACCAAAGCCAGAGAUCUACCCCUGUUCUUCCCGCCUUCUGGCCUUUUUCUGUCAGCAGUUCCUCAGCCAACGCACGCUGCAGAUCUUCCCGGGUGUGUGUGUAGAAAAUCGCCUCUACCUGGGGGAUUCUGGCCUGGGGCAUUGGGGGCAGCAGUAUUCUGCUCACAGCUGCUGGAGUGAAAACACAGAAGGCCAAGAGAGGGAAGGUGACUCCAGACCCUGGUGCUCGAGGACAGAGGAGAGACGGCCCUUACGUGCAUUGCCCAGCCCACCCUGAGAACAGUCAGCAAGUCCUGGAGAAGGCAGCACAGUGGUAGAAAUAGAGCCCAGUGCAGCCCAAAGGGUAAACCCUGUGCAAGCAGACAAAGAAAUGAAGGAAUUAGAAACCUCAAGGUCUGGAGCAGUCAACUGUCAAGAACGUGAACUAGACUGUAGCCCCAAAUCAAACUGCAUUACAAACCAGACCAUCCUCUUAGGGGAGAAGCCCUAUGUCUGCAUGGAGUGUGGGCGAGGCUUUAAAGAUAAGUCGAACCUCAUCAGACACCAUUGGACACACUCAAUGGAGAAGCCUUAUGUGUAUAGUGAGUGUGGCCGAGGUUUCAGCCAGGUGUCAACCCUUAUUAAUCACCGGAGGACACACUCAGUGAAGAAGUCUUAUAUGUACAAGGAGUGUAGGCGGGGCUUUAGCCAGAAAUCACUCCUCCUUGUGCACCAGAGGACACACUCAGGGGGAAAGUAUUAUGUUUGCAGGGAGUGUGGGCGAGGCUUUAGCAACAAGUCAGGUCUCAUAAGACACCAGAGGACACAUUGAGAGGAGAAGUCUUGUGUAUGCAGGAGUCCUGGGCAGGACUUUAGCAAUUAGUCGAACCUCUUCUUACGCCAGAGAGACAUGCGGGGAGUAGUCUGUAUGUGUGUGGGGGGUGUGAGUGAAGCUUCAGAGAUGUGUUGACCCUCAUCAGGCAGUGAGGCACAUUCAGGGCAGGAGCCUUAUGCGUGCAGAGUGUGGGUAGCUGUCAACCCUCAGUGCACGAAGAGGACGCACUUAGGUGGGAAGUGUUGUGUGUGCAGGGACUGUGGGGAAGCUUUAGCAAUAAGUCAGAAUUUAUGGAACAUCCAGUGGCCGACUCAGGAGAAGCGUCGUAUGUUCAGGGAGUGCUGACAGGCAUUGGGAAAAGAACCGACAGGAGGGCUCCAGAUGGCUCACUCAGGGAGGAGCUGUGUGUUUGCAGGGAGUGUGGGCAAGGCUCUUGUGAUCAGUCAGUUUUCUUCACACACUGUAGGGAGAAUCCUUAUGUGGGGGUACUGUGGGGCUGCUCCAUCCGAUUGCUGCUGAUGGCUGCAGAGAUGAAUUCCUCACUAGACUUGCUCUCAGCCACAGGGAGCUGCACUUCCCAAGGGAUGCCUCCUGGCCAACGACUGAUUGAUACGGGGAGACAAAACCCUAGCCGUUGACUCUGCUGGGACAACUCCACAGGGUCAUCCCAGAUCCCAAGGUCCCCGUGAGACUGAAUGAUCUCAAACACAUUGCAGGUCAGCUUCUUCCUCUGCCCAGCCCUGUCCUCAUUCCCCGGUAAGCCACUCAAUUCUCUGUCUCAUUGUCUCUCCAGGGAAUCCACCCUAAGAUAUCAUAAGCACACAAGGAGUGUGGACGAGGCUUUGGCUAAAAGUCGCUCCUCAACAAACCUCAGAGUAUACAGAAUAGAAGCUCUGUGUGUGGGGAGAAUGGGUAAGGACACCUCAGGAUGCAUCAGAGAACAGCUUUUGGGGGAGAAGCUUUACAAGGCAGGGAGGGAGACCGGGAAGCUUUAGCAAUAAGUUACACCUUCUGGUGCAGCCGAGGACACUCAGGGAGGCCUGUGUGGGUGGAGUUGUGGGCGGAGCCUUAUUCUGACACCCCUCCUCACAGUUCACUACCUCACUCACCUCCUGGGGGGGUUUCAGAAGUCUUGACCCCCACCCCUCCCCAUACUCUUUUUGAGAGUGAAGAUGGCAGUAACAAAAUAAACAUGUUUUUUCCACUUUUUGUAAUCAGAUGGAAUA